GUUACAGGCUAGACAUGUUUCCAGAACUGUGCACAAGCUGUUUCUGUCAUUACAACGAGGUCCUCCUUUAUACAGGUCUCCCCAAGGAGUCUGCAAAAAAGCAGCUCCCUGCAAAUGUUCGUUAAUAGCACAACGAGCAGAACUGUGGAUAACCAUGAAAAACUAUCAACAAGCUCUCCAUGAUGCAGAUGCACUCUGCCAAAACAAACCCCUCUGGCCCAAGGGUCAUUAUGUGAAAGCACAAGCUCUUUCUGGAUUGGGAAGGACUGAGGAAGCACUGAAGGAGUUUCUUUAUUGUGUUGCCUUAAAUCCUGAAUGGAGCUUAAUGAAGAAAGAAGCCCAAAAGAUAAUGUGUGAGAUGUUUUUCCCAGCCUUUGAAAAUGUGCAUGACAGCCUCACUGCACCUUUCUCUAGUCGGACAAGGUUGAAACCUGCAUUUUUAAGCAGCUUAAAUACUGUUGAAGAUGGUUCUGCUGCUGGGUGCUCUGAGGAUACUGUAUUCAGAUUAACAAAAGCUCUGUCCCAAGAGCCUGACGUACUUAGAAGCACUAAUUCAUCUCUCUCUCACAAUGUACUGGAUUUGCAUUUUGAAGACAAUAAAAAGUCAUUGGGAACAAUCCUCUCCAGCUUACCUGGUCCACGUUUAAAAAGAAAGCUAUCCAGUGACUUGACAGAUUUACAAAGCUUGGAUGUCCCUAAUAAGAUUCCUAAAAAAGAUGGAGAUACUGUACUUGAAAACUCUGCCACCUCUGCAUUACGUGAGAUACCAGCAGUCCUUGUGGAUGCAUCAGACUUCGAGUGUUCCCUCUGUAUGAGGUUAUUCUACGAGCCUGUUACCACUCCCUGUGGGCAUACGUUUUGUCUCAAAUGCCUCGAGCGUUGCCUUGAUCAUAACCCAUAUUGCCCACUCUGCAAAGAAAAACUCUCUGAAUUUUUGGCAAGCAGAACGUAUAAAAAGACUAUCCUUACAGAAGAACUAAUAGUUCGUUACUUGCCGGAAGAAUUGUCAGAAAGAAAGAAAGUUUAUGAAGAAGAAAUGAAGGAGUUAUCAAAUUUGAAUGAAGAUGUUCCCAUCUUUGUGUGUACCAUGGCCUUCCCUACCAUCCCUUGCCCACUUCAUGUCUUUGAACCUCGGUAUCGGCUAAUGAUAAGAAGAUGUAUGGAAACUGGUACCAAACAAUUCGGCAUGUGCUUAGCUGAUGAACUAAAAGGGUUUGCUGAUUAUGGCUGCAUGCUAGAGAUCAGGGAUGUAAAGUUUUUUCCUGAUGGGCGUUCAGUUGUUGAUACGGUUGGUGUUCGUCGGUUUAAGGUCUUGAACCACGGUCAACGAGAUGGGUAUAACACUGCGAACAUUGAAUAUCUUGAAGAUAAAAAGGUGGAGGGAGCAGAGUAUGAAGAACUCGUCCAUCUUCAUGAUUCGGUUUAUGAUCAAGCUGUUGCCUGGUUUACUUCCCUUAAAGACAACAUGAAAGCACAAAUUCUCAAUCAUUUUGGAUCAAUGCCAGGAAAAGAAUCAGAGCCACAGAGUAACCCCAGUGGCCCAGCCUGGUACUGGUGGCUAUUGGCAGUGUUGCCAUUAGAAAACAGGGCUCAGCUGGCUAUACUUGCUAUGACUUCCCUUAAAGAUCGUCUUAUUGCCAUCAGACGUGUAUUAAUAUUUGUAACACGCAAGAGACCCAGAUGACAUGGACUUACCUGUGAACAGGCACUGACUGUAUAUUGGUAGAUAUGUUUUUUAAAACCAUCAUGCAGAGAUGAACAAUACUUCCUGGUUCUGUCUGACAUUCGCUAUUCUGGAUGUUCACCAAACUUUGCACUCUACUCUGUAAUUAAUAAGCACUCUGUGCCUGUCGUCCUAGUGAAAUCUGAGCCCCUAUGAAGUUGUGCUACAAUUACAAUGUAGUUGAUAGUUGUGGAUAACUACUUUUGAAGUACUAUUCCUAAUCAAGAGUUGAUGUUUCUAGCCUGUGAGAGACUGAAUUUAAAGUACUAGAACACCACAAAUGGCCUAUGUGCAGUUUGGAUUUAUACUUACAGAGAAUUAUUUUCCCUUCUAUGGAUCACAGACCGAAGAUGGAUUUAUUACAAUUUUCCUGAGACGGUCAGCAGAAGGGAAACGGAACUUUCCUGUGGAUAAAGUGCAUAACUGACAGGAUGUUCUCUUAAUGAGUUGGUAGAUUCUCUCUGCACUUUGAUCUACUCGUUCAAGAAAUAUUGGUCUAUAAAACAGUUUUCAAGAUUAAGGUUUUGGAGGUUGUCCAGGAGCAUAGUAUUUACAUGGUCACAGCUGUGUGUUGGAAAGAGUAGUAGCUAUUGAACAGCGAUUUGAUAGCCUUAAGUAAUUCCUUGUGUUGUGAUUUGCAUGUUGUAGUGGAAUGAGUAUAUCAAAUGUCAAAGGCGUGCAUUUAUUUUUAGAAAAUCAAAGUAAUCCCAGCUGGUCUGUUAUCACUAAACACAAACAAAACAAAUUCCCUAAAACAUGAAACUAGUCAAAGGCUGUUGUGAAAAUAGCUAUUUCACUCCAAAUUCUGGGAAAGCAUGCUGUAGUACUCAGCUGACGUGUUCUUAAAGUAAACUUGGCUAGGAUAAGCAUUGGGGAAGAUUCCAUUUCCCUUCCCACCUUCAAAUGAUGUGCCAAGCUAAUGUUACAUUAGAACGAGUAUUUGUUAGAACUUUGAGUUUAAAAGUUAGUGUUGUGUUUUAUAUCACAAGUGCUGCACGUGGUUAGAACCUUGGUCUGUGACAUCAUAAAAGGAGGUCCAAACUGAACACUAACAAAAGGCAAGUCUCAAUGCAAGCUUAAGUCAGGUGUCAUCUUCAUUUGUUUGUCUUGGUUUUUUAAUAUAUUGGUUUUGUUAAUAUCUUUCUUCGAUUGUUAUUGAAUAUGUUGCUGGUUAGUCAAAAUUCUUAAUUUUCUAAAGAGUGACUGAAAUAAUGAACAGUGUUACUAAUUUAAUUGUGUAGCUUCCUAUAAGUAGAAGUAAUUUUACCAACAUGAGAAGUUAGCCAGAAUUUCUGUGCUCAAAGUAUAGCAAGAUGCUUUUAGAGACACUUGUUCAUGUGCAACACUCUGGUAUGAUAAAAUGGUGUCUUAUCUACAUGUUUAAAGUGCCUAGUUUUUAGUUUGCUUUGACUCUUUUUUGUUUUGGUUUUGAUUUUUUUGGUCCAUUAAGAUAUAUAUUAAAAAUUUGCACAUGAGUUCUGGAAGAAAACUGCAUAAACAAAUACAUUAACAUGUAUUGCCUGCUUUCUUGGAUACUGUAAUUACAACCUUUGUGGUCUGGGAAACUAAAGUAUCUAGUGCAGUGGUUUUCAAACUUUUUUCAUUUGAGGUCACCUACUAAACUUCAAAUGGAGGUGUGGACCCCUUUGGAAGUCUUAGACACAGUCUGUGGAUCUGCAGGGGUCCACAUACCACAGGUUGAAAACCAGUGAUCUAGUUAACUUUUUUCUUUGUGCAAACCAUUACCAGAAGUGGUUUCUGUAACCUGCUCUGAAUGUACUGUAAUUGCCUCUACCUUGAUCACACCUUUUCUAGUUAAAUAGUGAUUUGUAAUUUAUCCUUUGAAUUGUGAAGUGCAUAACUUACAACCAAUGAUGUUGUAAUCUCCACAAUAGCCUUGCUGCAAGUUCUGCUACUGUCAUAAGAGUACUAAAAGUAAGAGCUGUAUGAGAUUCUGAGAGAGUUGAGAAGGCAUCCGAGCCCCAAAGCUGCAAACGAAACAGCUUGAAGUCUUUUGGGGCACUUCCCCCUCCAUCCAUGCAUUAGUAACUCUCAUACUUCAUCCCAGUGUUUUUCCAGUUAACCCAUUUUAGACUACUAGCACUUUAGGUAGUUCACCUUUAGAGUUUGGCAACCCAACUAAUUUUCAGUUGGGAAAAUGAAUUCUCUUUGUGAACUUUUCACAUUGUUUUUUGUUCUGUAUGCCACUCUUGUCGUCAUUGUCCUUGCUCUGUCUUUGUCCGUCUUGUCCAUGUCUCUCUCCUUGUCUGUUCAUGCAUUGAGUUUUACUGUUUUGGCUGCAAAGGGAUAUUGACAGAAUCAUACAAUCCUAGGCCUUGCACCUACACAGUGUUACAUGUGAGCGUAACCUUACACAGAUGCGCAUCCUUUUAGAAUUGAAAUGUUAGUUGCUGUCUCCUGAAUUCUAAUUACUGAAGGCAAUGUGAAUUUCUCUUGGCAGAAGCCAGUGAUUUAAGAUGUCUGUCCUUUUAAGUACUUUUAAAAGUGACACUACAAAACCAAGUGUUACUUUUUAAUACAUCAUAGAACAGCAAUAUAGAAGACUCAAGAUUGUCUGUCUGUCUUUUUUUUGUUUAAUUAGCUUUUUUGCAUUAAAUUACAUUACAGUCUAAGGAUGCCAGGAUAACUAAUGAAAUGUCUUCACUUGAGUGAAAGCUGAGCAACAGAAUUUUUGGCGAGUUUUAAACUAUUUCUAGCACAAUGGGGUCCGGGUCCAUGGCUCGGGCUCCUGAGUGUUAUGUUAAUACAAAUAAUUAAUAUUUCUUUUUAAACACUUAAGUGACUAACAUUUUGGAUAAAUAAUAUGAAAGUCAGUUUAACAUCUGCAUACAGAUACUAACAACCCAAACUCACUGUUUCUUCCAAAACAUCAAAUACUGGAUCAUAUAGCAAAGCUAAAGAGAAACCCUAUUCAUGGACACACACAGAGUCUCUAGUGUGUGCUUUAUUCCUGUCAAGUUCUCCUGUUGUGAUUUGUGCAGCAGCAAAUAGAUGGAGGAGCCAGUUGCCUCUUCUCUGGAUUAGAGGCAAAAUGUCCAUAUUGCAGCUAUCUUGCAUCUUUACUUAAUUCUCUUCUCCAUGGUACAGUAUUGAAACCAUGAGCUAAGCAGCUGGAAAAGACAUGUGUUUCGGCUGCCCUUCAACACACUACUUUUUUCGUACUUAUUUCCUAGCUUGGGCAAUGUGGUAGAAGAGUCUCCACUUUGGAGAGAUCCUUUAUACAUCAUAAAGAAACAAAAAUGUCCAAAUCUAACUUUUUUUUCCCUUGUGAGUCACCUGUAAGACUUCAAAAAAAUAUUUUGUAGCUUCACCUUUCAAGAAGCAUGUAAGUUGUUUGCCAUCAAGGCCUUUGUUAUCUGCUGCAUUUUAACAUGUCCAGUCUGUUUCAUUUAAUCAAUCGCUUUGGAUUUCUGACAUGCUGAUGAUCGGUUCAGUUUCUCACUGCUUCCCUUUCUCAUACUCCAGUCCAUUUUGAAACUGAAAUAUAAAGCUGUUCAAAAAGCUGUACAUGGUUCAUAUUACCUUUCACACUGGUGGAAUUGGUAUUUGGUAGCGCCUUAAAUUUGCAGUUGUGAAAUGAUUGUAUCAAUAACAAAAUCUCAUCUGCAGCUUGUGACCAGAUUAAAACAAGUAUGCGUAAUGUAGAUAAACUUGAAACAAUUUUUUUACUGUUUUAAAGCUAGUUAUGAAACUGUAUGUACAUAUGUGUAAAUAUAAAUUAAACUGCCAUUUUGUAUUUUAGUAAAUUCAGGACAAGUCCAUAUUCUAACCAUAUUUGGUACUUGUUGCAUAAGCAAAGCCAAACUUUUUUUUAAAAUUGCUAUGUUCAUUUAAUGUAUAUUUGCAAUGUUCCUGGGAAAUGUAUUUAAUUUAUGUGACAUUUUGAAUAAACAGAUCACAUUUA